CACGUGGGACAGACCGUUGUCACGGCAACCGUAAACAAUCGGCGCACACCACCUGUUCGUCCAGCACACACCGUCCACUUCGGACCCGAGGAUGUCGGAUUUGGGAUCGGAUGAGUUUGACGACGAGCGCAGUAAACUCGGGGAAUAUGAAGGGGAGCGGAACGAAGCGGGGGAGAGGCACGGAGCCGGGAAAGCCGUUCUGCCCAACGGAGAGGUCUAUCAGGGCCGGUACGAGAACGGCGGGAGGCACGGACAGGGGACAUAUUACUUCAAGAACGGGGCGAGAUAUGUGGGAGACUAUUACCAGAACAAGAAGCAUGGACAGGGCACCUUCUACUACCCUGAUGGCUCUCGAUAUGAAGGGUCGUGGGUGGAGGACCUGAGGAAGGGUCAUGGUGUCUACACGUACGCCAACGGAGACACGUAUGAUGGAGAGUGGCUGGAUCACAUGAGGCACGGACAGGGCCUGUACCGCUACACAGACACUGGCUCCCUGUACAAGGGCUCCUGGGUUAAUGGCGUGAUGGAGUCAUCUGGAGAGUACAUCCACUCCAACCACAGAUACAGAGGCAACUUCGUCGACAGUAAUCCACGCGGUGCAGGGAAGUAUGUGUUCUCCAACGGCUGUGAACAGCACGGGGAAUACCGUCAAGCAGAGCAGUGGAUUCCCAAGUGUGUCACGGGGCUGAUGCUGUGGACUCCAGGCCCGGACGCCUCAGGUGGGGGAAAGGAAGCAGCGGAGAACGGAGCAGAGAGCUGAUCUGCGAGACAACAUCAAUAUGCUCAUGAAUAUUGAAAUAAAGCUGUUGUGUUUCCCAUGAA